CGCCGCCGCCGCCGCUGCCGCUGGUGGAAGAAGAUGGCGGAAGGCGGAGCGGUGGAUCUGGACAUCCAGCGUUCUGACAUCGCGACGCUGCUCAAAAUCUCGCUCCGGAAAGGGGACACCUGGUACCUAGUUGAUAGUCGCUGGUUCAAACAGUGGAAAAAAUAUGUUGGCUUUGACAGUUGGGACAAAUACCAGAUGGGAGAUCAAAAUGUAUAUCCUGGACCUAUUGAUAACUCUGGACUUCUCAAAGAUGGUGAUGCCCAGUCACUUAAAGAACAUCUUAUUGAUGAAUUGGAUUACAUAUUAUUGCCAACUGAGGGCUGGAAUAAACUUGUCAGCUGGUACACAUUGAUGGAAGGUCAAGAACCAAUAGCACGGAAGGUGGUUGAACAGGGUAUGUUUGUAAAGCACUGCAAAGUAGAAGUGUAUCUCACAGAACUGAAGCUUUGUGAAAAUGGCAACAUGAAUAAUGUUGUAACUAGAAGAUUUAGCAAAGCUGACACAAUAGAUACAAUUGAAAAGGAAAUAAGAAAAAUCUUCAAUAUUCCAGAUGAAAAGGAGACGAGAUUGUGGAACAAAUACAUGAGUAAUACAUUUGAGCCACUGAAUAAACCAGACAGCACUAUUCAGGAUGCUGGUUUAUACCAAGGACAGGUGUUAGUGAUAGAACAGAAAAAUGAAGACGGAACAUGGCCAAGGGGUCCUUCUACUCCUAAGUCCCCAGGUGCAUCCAAUUUUUCAACUUUACCAAAGAUAUCUCCUUCAUCUCUAUCAAAUAAUUAUAACAACAUCAACAACAGAAAUGUGAAAAACUCAAAUUAUUGUCUUCCAUCAUAUACUGCUUAUAAGAACUAUGAUUAUUCAGAACCUGGAAGAAAUAAUGAACAGCCAGGCCUCUGUGGCCUAAGUAACUUGGGAAAUACCUGUUUCAUGAACUCAGCUAUUCAGUGUUUGAGCAAUACACCUCCACUUACUGAAUAUUUCCUCAAUGAUAAGUAUCAAGAAGAACUGAAUUUUGACAAUCCCUUAGGAAUGAGAGGCGAAAUAGCUAAAUCUUAUGCUGAAUUGAUCAAACAAAUGUGGUCUGGAAAAUUUAGCUACGUCACACCAAGAGCCUUUAAGACACAAGUAGGACGUUUUGCACCGCAAUUCUCUGGAUACCAGCAACAGGACUGUCAAGAAUUACUAGCGUUCCUAUUGGAUGGUCUACAUGAGGAUUUGAAUAGAAUUAGAAAAAAACCAUACAUACAAUUAAAAGAUGCUGAUGGAAGGCCAGAUAAGGUGGUUGCUGAAGAAGCCUGGGAAAAUCACUUAAAAAGAAAUGAUUCUAUCAUAGUAGACAUAUUUCAUGGCCUUUUCAAGUCAACUUUAGUAUGUCCUGAAUGUGCAAAAAUUUCAGUAACAUUUGAUCCUUUUUGUUACUUGACACUUCCAUUGCCCAUGAAAAAAGAACGUACCUUAGAAGUUUACUUAGUUAGAAUGGAUCCACUUACCAAACCUAUGCAGUACAAAGUGGUUGUCCCAAAAAUUGGAAACAUUCAAGAUCUUUGUACAGCACUGUCUACUUUGUCAGGCGUACCUUCAGAUAAGAUGAUAGUCACUGAUAUAUACAAUCAUAGAUUUCACAGAAUAUUUGCCAUGGAUGAAAACCUUAGUAGUAUUAUGGAACGAGAUGAUAUUUAUGUGUUUGAAAUUAACAUCAAUAGGACAGAAGAUACAGAGCAUGUUAUUAUUCCUGUUUGCCUAAGAGAAAAAUUUAGACAUUCAAGUUACACACACCAUACUGGUUCUUCACUUUUCGGUCAGCCUUUCCUUAUAGCAGUACCACGAAACAAUACUGAAGAUAAACUCUAUAAUCUUCUACUUUUGAGAAUGUGCCGGUAUGUCAAAAUAUCCACUGAAACUGAAGAAACUGAAGGAUCCCUACAUUGCUGUAAGGACCAAAAUAUUAAUGGGAAUGGCCCAAAUGGCAUCCAUGAAGAAGGCUCACCAAGUGAAAUGGAAACAGAUGAGCCAGAUGAUGAAUCCAGCCAAGAUCAGGAACUUCCAUCUGAGAAUGAAAACAGUCAGUCAGAAGAUUCAGUUGGAGGAGAUAAUGAUUCUGAAAAUGGAUUAUGUACUGAGGAAACUUGCAAAGGUCAACUCACGGGACACAAAAAAAGAUUGUUUACAUUCCAGUUCAACAACUUAGGCAAUACCGACAUCAACUACAUCAAAGAUGACACCAGGCAUAUAAGAUUUGAUGAUAGGCAGCUUAGGCUAGAUGAAAGAUCUUUUCUUGCUUUGGAUUGGGAUCCUGAUUUGAAAAAAAGAUACUUUGAUGAAAAUGCUGCUGAGGACUUUGAGAAACAUGAGAGUGUGGAAUAUAAACCUCCCAAAAAACCCUUUGUGAAAUUGAAAGAUUGCAUUGAGCUUUUUACAACAAAGGAAAAGCUGGGUGCUGAAGAUCCUUGGUAUUGUCCAAACUGUAAAGAACAUCAACAAGCUACAAAGAAAUUAGAUUUAUGGUCACUGCCUCCAGUCCUUGUGGUACAUCUCAAACGAUUUUCUUACAGUCGAUACAUGAGAGAUAAAUUGGAUACCUUAGUUGAUUUUCCUAUAAGUGACUUGGAUAUGUCAGAAUUCCUAAUUAAUCCAAAUGCAGGUCCUUGCCGCUAUAAUUUAAUUGCUGUUUCCAACCACUAUGGAGGGAUGGGAGGAGGACACUAUACUGCUUUUGCAAAAAAUAAGGAUGAUGGAAAGUGGUACUACUUUGAUGACAGUAGUGUCUCAACAGCAUCUGAAGAUCAGAUUGUGUCCAAAGCAGCGUAUGUGCUCUUCUACCAGAGACAAGACACUUUCAGUGGAACUGGCUUUUUCCCUCUUGACCGAGAAACUAAAGGUGCUUCAGCUGCCACAGGCAUCCCAUUAGAAAGUGAUGAAGAUAGCAAUGAUAAUGACAAUGAUAUAGAAAAUGAAAACUGUAUGCACACUAACUAAUGAAAGUCCUAGAAGCCAUAAAGGAGAGACUUUCCUGCUGGUGGUAUCUAUUGAGAUGAUGAAGUUACCCACCACAUUAAACACAAGUCUGAGAUGGGAAGUUUCAGAUAACCGAAUGUAAAUCCUUUAUCAGAUUUUAACUUGUGCAGUACUUGAAGUGAAACACAAUGAAAACUUUAACAGAAAUUGUCUCUUAAUACAUUUACAGUCUUGUAUUUACAAGCUAAAUAUAUAUAGGAAAUCACAAAUAAAUCCCUUUUAAGUUUGCUGCUGUUUUGAUGAAUUAUGUUUUCUUUAAUUUUUUGGAUGUGAGUUAACUGAUGACAAAUGUUAAAUUUGUGGAUGUUGGUCGUUUAUUUUGCUCUAAUAUACUGCAAGAAAAUUAUGGCUGAACUUAGUUUUUGGAUAAUCUAGAUCAUGUGCAUUAGGCUGCUAUAUAUACUAUUAUAAUAUUUAGCUGCAGUAUCAAUGUGGCAUAAAUACUGCAGUAGUAUCCUUGGAAAACCAAAUUUUCAAGUCUAUCCCUGGCAAUCAAUGUAGACCUAUUUUUUAAAAAUGAAUCAUGUUACAUGGAAGUCUUGAAAAAGUUAUUUCCUUUCAUAGUAUUAAAACUAGAAUAUUAUGUUCCAGUUUUCUAUGCUAUUGUAGGAAACAGUUUCUAGAUUUCACUCUUCAUCUAAAGUCAUUUUUCAGUUAAAUGUAAGGGUUUUUUUUAUGUUGAUUUUUUUGUUGUUGUUGUUGCAAUUAGAAUCUGUUCCUUUGCCAUUUAAAUUUUCUUUAACUUACAUUAAAAUUCAUUUAUUUUAAUUUGGUGUUGGUCCAAAAAUCAAAAUUUUUGCUGUCUGUUUUUCUCUACCCCAUUCUUUUGUAAUUUGGCAACUUCAACCUAUGAAAUAUUGUAACAUAAGGAAAGAUUUAAUUGUACUCUGUAUCAGUAGUAAUGAUUACAUCAUGCUUUGAAGUUUUUUUUUUUUUCAUAUUCUGGCCUUUAAAUAAUGAAUGGACAAUUGGCUUUACAGGUAGGUCUGUUAACUUUCUUUGUGUGUUCCUGAUGGAAUUCACCAUAGCCUUACAGCUUUUCUCAGAAGGUAUCUUGUUAUAAGAGAAGUGGCAUCUGCAUGUUCCAGAGUCUGAACUUGGACAGUAUAUAAAGCAUAAAAACCUGGAAUUUAAUUUUAGUUUACCACGUUCAAGGAUCCAGGAUGCCAAAAAUAUGUGUGAACAUUUGAAACAUUUUUCAUUUGCUGCUUUUUCCCUUUGAUCUAGUUAAAAGAAUGUAUUGUCAAUUGGCAUACAGUACUGCCUUUAAUAGAAAAUAUAAAUACUGGGACACAUUUCACAUAUUGACUACCUGAGAAAUUGUUUUGUGUCCCACUGUUAUUAAAGCAAAAAGUAUAAUGUUCUUCACUUGAACUAAUCAAAUACAAUAGAUUAUAAAUUGUGUAUUGUAAAUAAAAGUUCACUCUGUGAGUGCACAUUUUGGUAAAUUAUUUAUUUAUGUUAGCAUUUAAAAGUUUUAAAAAUAUGCAUUUGACCAGGAUAAAUGAGGUAUGUUGAUCAUGGCUUUGCUUUAUACCUUGAUAUUAAAGCUGGUUUUUCAUCCUGGUAUUUUAAAGCUGCUUUGGGUUUUUUUUUCUUUUCUCUCUUUUUUUUUUAAAUGUAAACUAACCUCCUGCAUGACAGAGGUUAAAAUUUUGUCUGCACUUGAGUUCACUUGAGUUUACAUUUGAAAUGUGCAUGUUUAUUUAUACAGAUUUCAAUAAAGCUAUUCAAGGCCUUA